AUGCCGAGGAAAACAGACCAGUCUCAGUAUAGGAGUGUAAUUGACUGUAGUAACAUGUCUUGCAUACAAGAUAGAAUGAGCAGAUUUUCAUUUAAAGAGUAUAAUAGUGAACAAUUGUGGGAAGACUACAUAGCUCGUUUUGAGUUGACCUGCAGAGUUAAGGGACUGGGUGGUGCUAACACAGAAGAACAAGCGGCUCGGCGAGAUCUUCUAUUGGCAAAUAUCGGAGAGGAGCACCUCAGGGCACUGUCGGACCAGAUGUAUCCAAGGGCCUGGGAGGAGUGCACCUACGACGAAGUAAAAGAGGAAGCCAACCGGUUGUUCAAGCCUACAAGGACCCUUUUUGCAACAAGGUUUGAGUUCGAAAGAGCAAUAAGAAAAGAUGGUGAGACAUUUAUUUUGUUUUAUAACAGAUUGAAGUCUUUAGCUAGAAGUUGUAAAUAUGGAGAUAGCUUAGAUGAACGAGUACGAGAUAGGUUUGCAGUAGGAAGCAACUGUCCAGAAUUUGAAGUCGAAGUCAGACAAAGAUGGCCCGAGGGAGUUAAUAACCGAGGUGAGCGUGUUAAGUCAACAGUAGUACUAGAGCUAGCUCAAUCUAUGGAACGAGCGAGAGAAGAAGUUUCCAAACAUUCGUGUAAAAAUGAGAUUCUUAAAGUAAGUGACAGUAAGGAAAAGAGGAAACCAGAGGUACAGAAAUCUAUUGGCUUCAAAAGGUGUUAUAGAUGUGGGUUUACACAUGACCCUAGUGAAGAUAGGUGUCCUGCUAUUUCUGCUGUGUGCAAGAAAUGUUCAAGGAGAGGCCACUUCGCAAGAAUGUGCAAAAGUAAACAUAAUUUUUUCAAGAGAACAGAUUUGAGAAAAGUAGAUGAUUCUUGUGAUCAAACUUACGAUGAUGAGUGUAGUUCUGAUAUUGAUGUUAGCGGAACACAAAUUAGGUCUGUCAAGAGUAAGGUUCCCAGAGCUACGAUAGAUGUAGAAUUGAACGGGUAUAAUGUUACAAUGGAGUUUGAUUCAGGAGCUCGGGUAAGUGCUAUAAGUUUGUCUCUUUGGGAUAAGAUCAAUUCAAGUGGCGAAUCUCUAAAAAAGACGUCUGAUGUAAUCACUGGCUAUGGGAAAAAUAAGCUAGAAGUCAUGGGUAAGGCUUUUGUGUACGUUACUUUACGUAAUCGUACUAAGCGAUUGCCAGUUAUUGUAUUACUAGAAGAUGAUGUUCCAUUAUUUGGGUUGCCGUGGAGUGUAGCUUUCAAUCUUAGUUUGCCUAGGGAAGUAAGGGUUAGGCGUAUUGAUAAUGGAAAGACAAAUAGUAAAGAUACAGGCAAGAAUGAAGAAAGUUGUAGAAAAGAGUUACAAAAGGAAGUUGUGACAUUAACUCAGGAGUUUUCUGAACUCUUUCGUGAUGAGCUAGGAACGAUAUCUGACUCUAAUGAAGUUAUCCAUCUAAAAAGUGGAACAAAACCUGUAUCUUGCGGGGCACGACGAGUUCCAUUCCCCUUAAGGGAGGCAGUGGAGAGAGAAUUACGGUGA